CCAGCCCGAACCGGAACGAUAAGGUUAAUUAUUUACUGAACGUGCACGGAGACUAAAAUAAGCGUUUUAACACAAAAAUGUCCGGGUUUAACGGCGUCCGCUGACAGGAUAAAAAGAAGAAAAGGCUGCUCGCGUUGUGCCGAGGAUGUGAGGCAGCGCGAUAUGCCAUGGCAGCGGCGGAUGCAUCAGCUAACGGGCCGGAGCCGCCCGGUCUCCCGGCACCCAAGGCGUUUCCCUAUGAGGAAUACGAGUGCAAAAUCUGCUACAACUUUUUCGACCUCGACCGUCGGGCGCCCAAGAUUUUGGAGUGUCUGCACACGUUUUGCGAGGAGUGUCUGCAUUCGUUGCAGCUGUGCGAGGAGCGGCCGUGGCGCAUCAGCUGCCCCGUGUGCCGCCACCGCACGCCCGUACCGGACUAUCGGAUCCAGAACCUGCCCAACAACACCAAGGUCACGGAGGACUUCCCUUUGUACAUCGAUUCGGACCCUGUGCCUCAAGAUGCUCUGCCGCCCCACCGGCCUCCGCUGCACCCGGCGCUUGUUGCGCUCAGACGGGAGGAGGACGCGUCCGGUGCGUCCAUGGCUGGUCACGCAACGCCGUCCACCACGACGGUGUCCACUGCGACCACGCUGUCGCAGGACUCGGUUUCGCGCUACGAAAGCUGCCACAACUGUAGGCGGCUGGCGCUGACCACCGGAUGCGUGUGCGUUAUCUUCUCUUUACUGUCCAUGCUAGUGCUGCUCUUCAUGGGCCUUAUUUUCGUACACAGCCACGGCGGGCCGCCCUCGCCCGCGGGACCCCUCUGCCUGUCGGUGGCGAGCAUCCUCGCCAUGGUGUCGGCGAUGGUAACGUGGCUCCUCUACUGGCUCAAAGACCGACCGGAACAUGAAACGGGCCGCUCGGCCACCACUAAUGCGAGCCGGAGAAACGCGUGAUAGAAGAUCAGAAUCGUAUGAAAAACCCGUUCAGCAUUAAUUUCUUAAUACCAAUUAGUUUACUAGUACUAUCAGUAUCUUUUAUAGAGUUACACUAGCAUUUAUGUACUAGGUAGGCUAGAUAUGCCUAUUAGUAUCGAUCCCAGUAUACUGGGAAAAAAAUUAGGCUACUUUGAAAGAAUUUUCACUUAGAAAUUACUUGUAAAGUUCUUAAGUAAUUGUAAAGAACAUUAAGUAACAUAAUUAAAUUUGACAAUUUUAAAGCAUUUUAUUUAUUUUUUUUGCAAAACCUAACCUACUUUUCUAUGAAGUUUUAUUUACAAAAAUCAUUUUUUACAGUAUGAUUAGGUUAGUAACAUGUUUAAUCUCACUAGUUGAAUAUGCUUAUGUUUGUGUAAUGAUUAUUUAUUGACCAUUUGUUAACAUUAGUUUAUGCAUUAACUAAUAAUGAACAAUGCAUUUGUCACAGCAUUUACUAAAGCUAGUUAAUAAAAAAAUACAACUUUUCAUUGUUAGUUCUCCUUAGCUCCAGGCCGGCAACAACAUUAGAAACAACUUUUAAUUUUAAUAUUGUAUUAGUAUAUGUUGAAAUUAUUAUUAAUUAAGAUGAGUACUUUUUUCAUUGUACUAACUCAUAUUAACUAAUGUUAAUUGGAAUUCACACUAAAGUCUAUUCAUUUAGUACUAGGGAAACUAGAAAAUAUACAAGCAACUCCUUGAAUAGCAAUUUCAAUAACUAAAGAAGAUCUAGUACUUAUCUCAUGAGUCAUUAUUAGAUCACUUAAUAAUUGGGCCAGCAUUUCCCUACAAGGAGUAGCCUAUAAGUGCAAAUUCUACUGCUUUCAACUAUUUCAGCCCAAAAUCUUGGAGUGCCUGCACACCUUCUGCAAGGAGUGUUUGCGUAUGUUGCAAUUAUACAAGGAGAAGCCAUGGCGCAUCAGAUGCCCUCUAUACCGCACGUACCAGACUAUCGGAUACAGAACCUGCCCUGCGGCAUCCACCGCAAUCGGAUACGUGUGUGCCAUCUUCUCCUGUCUGUCCAUUCUUGUGCUGCUCUUCAUGGGCCUCAUAUUCUUGCACAGCCACCUGAGGUUCUUCUACUCGGACACCUGUGUAAGCUUGAGAAGAACUGACUUCAUACAUAUACUGAAAAUCACCAAAACAUUAGUUGGUUUAACAUUGUGGCAAAAAUAGUUCUGGGAAAAACCCACAGCUGCCAUUUGGUUUGAUAUUUAGUUGCUAAUACAAUGAUAUUCAGAGGUUGUGGGGAUAGUAUAUAGUGGGGUCCAAAAGUGAGACCACUAGUAAAAAUGUAUCUAUUUUGUAUUGUUUUAUAAUUUAAUCUAACAUUAUUGUUAAUUACAUUCACAUUUAUGCAUUUGGCAGACAUAUUUAUUCUAAACAACAAUUGCAUUUAAGGUAUACAUUUUAUUACAUCAUCAUUUCCUUAGGAAUCAAACCAUGGCAUUGCUAGUUUUGUGCAAAGUUUAAUUAAAAAACUGGUCAAUGUCACAAAUUUGCAUACGAUUGCAUACCGUCCUUUAUUAAAAUCAUUCUGUUUAUUUUUGAUUUAAAUAAAAUCUGGUCUUAGACUUCUGGACCUCAUUGAAAAAUAAUACAGUUUUAUCUUAGCAAAUGAGACGUGCACUUAUUUGACAUUUUAUUGACUUAAAAUUCACUAAUGAAAGCUAGGUGAAACACUUAUGUGUAUCGGCAAACGCGAUUUAUUGGAUGAUGUUCUCAAAAUGGCUGCUGGGUGUUGUCAUCCUCUCGCUGUAUCAUAUAUUAUUGGGUCUUUGAAAAAAAAAGACCUCUGUUCUUAUGGAUCAAUAGCUUUACUAUGGAAACUGCGAAUUUUAUACCACCUCUUUGUUUUCCACUUCACCUAUGCAUCUAUCACGGUAAAACCGUGUCGUUUGACAACUAACUGACAAUCUCUUUUUGCUGUCGUCUGUGUGCUUUUAAUGUGUGUAGCAUCGCAAUGCAUUGACCUUAGUACUCACUUUACCAUCGGAUUUUUGUACCACGCAAACCUGUGAUGAGCAGUAUCUGAUGUACCUAGUUUAGAACACAACCUGCAUGAUGUUAAACAAAAACUAGAUACUGAAGAUACUUGACUGUUCUUGGAAACGAAGGCUUUCUUGUUAAUCGAAUCAGUACUGCUGAUGUCCACAUAAACCGAUGACAAAUCAGUCAUUUAUAAAGGGUAUUUUAUUAAUAUGAUGUUUCAUGUAAAAAGUAUUGGUGAAAAGCUACACAAAUCGUACUCAAACGGUUCUCUGUUAAGGCGCUGUCGCAUUUAACGUUGCUCAACGAAAUUUCGCGGGCAAAUAUCAUUCAAAUAGGAAUCCCCGCGAACGGGAGUUUCUCGUGAAAGUUAGAUCGAGUUAGUUGGUUACUCGACUCACCGCGUCGAAUUUACGUUUUUUUUGUUGUUGUUUUUUUUGCCCGCGAAAUUUCGCUAAUGUGACUGCACAUUUAGAAACGAUGUGCUUAGCGGGUGAAGCAAACGGGAAUCUGACACCUGAGGAGCAGCUAGAAUUUUGCUGUGUCCUUGCAGUGACAGGAUGUAGCCAUAGAGAAA